CUCUCUUUUCCGGUUACUGCGGCGCGAGCUACCAUGAGCAGCAAAGUCUCCCGCGACACCCUGUACGAGGCGGUGCGGGAGGUCCUGCACGGGAACCAGCGCAAGCGCCGGAAGUUUCUGGAGACGGUGGAGCUGCAGAUCAGCCUGAAGAACUAUGACCCUCAGAAGGACAAACGCUUCUCGGGCACCGUCAGGCUUAAGUCCACCCCCCGCCCCAAGUUUUCUGUGUGUGUUUUGGGGGACCAGCAACACUGUGAUGAGGCCAAGGCAGUGGACAUUCCCCACAUGGACAUUGAAGCGCUGAAGAAACUCAACAAGAAUAAAAAACUAGUCAAAAAGCUGGCCAAGAAGUAUGAUGCCUUUUUGGCUUCAGAAUCUCUGAUCAAGCAGAUUCCACGAAUCCUGGGUCCAGGCCUGAAUAAAGCUGGCAAGUUCCCUUCCUUGCUGACCCACAAUGAGAACAUGGUGGCCAAAGUGGAUGAAGUGAAGUCCACCAUCAAAUUCCAGAUGAAGAAGGUGCUAUGUCUGGCAGUGGCUGUUGGCCACGUGAAGAUGACGGACGAUGAGCUUGUGUACAACAUCCACUUAGCUGUCAAUUUCCUGGUGUCCUUGCUCAAGAAGAAUUGGCAGAACGUCCGGGCUUUGUACAUCAAGAGCACCAUGGGCAAACCCCAGCGCCUUUACUGAGACCAUUUAAUAAAUCCUAGUGCUACCGUUA